AUGAAGACAUCACUGAUCGUCCUGAGUAUUUUGGGAGCGACGUUGGCGAUUCGCGACCAAUCGAUCGCCAUCAAGGGAAAGCUUCUGUGUGGCAGCAAGCCGGCGAAUAAUGUUCGCGUCAAGCUUUGGGAGGAAGAUUCUGGUGCGUUUACCUAGAAAAGUCUCCAAAACAUCUCUCAUGCUGGUCAGGCGCCUCAACGGGUGUACCCGUGUUUUACAGGCUGAUCUAGUCCCGAUUGAGCAAAAAGAAGGAACAACGGGUGUAAAAAACAUAAGUGGGCUAAAACGGUGUUGUACGGGUUUAAAACGGGCACACCCGCUGAGACCCCGUGUUAGCCCGACUGGGCUACCCUCAUCAGCAUGAGAGCUACGUGGGCCAGCCCGCUUUUUGCCCGCAAAAAAUUAUCAACGUCUAAGCAGCCAUUUUCAGCCAUUUUCCUCAGUUUUCGUGACUAAUAAGCGAAAUAAACAGCUCAAAAAGAGUUUUGAGCGAAAAAAAAGCAAAAAAUUGGAUUCUCGUGCUGAAAGGAUAACCUCCGCCAACUACCAUAGUUCCUCAAAAAUUUAUGAUUAUCCAUUCGGAAAAAAAAUGAACUUUCAAUUCAUUUGUUUUAUAAAUUUUGAGAAGGUAUGGUAGCUGGCGGAGAUAACCUCUUUAACUCAUCCAAUUUUUUGCUUUUUCAAAAAAAUUAAGUUUUUUCUUCUUACAGUUUUCUUACAAUGUUAUCAACAAAUAUAGCUUGAUUAUCCGUUUUUUUCUUUUUUUAACUCCAAAGGAAGGUUUAAAAAAAUAAAAAAAUUACAAUUUGAACAGGGAUUCCAUUCUUGGCUCUAAUAUCAGAUCCAGCCCCAUACAAUUUCUAUUUUUCGCAGUACCUCAAAAAAUGCUUUCUCUUCCUUGAAGGCCCCGACCCGGACGACCUCCUCGACCAAGGCUACACGGACGCCAACGGCGAGUUCUCGUUGUCCGGCGGAACCGCCGAAGUGACGCCAAUCGACCCGGUAUUCAAAGUCUACCACGACUGCGACGAUGGCAUCAAGGUGAAAAUAUACCAAAUUCUCAAAUAAAUCAGGUGGUUCUCAGCCCGGCUCGCGAAAGGUCAAGUUCGCUCUGCCGAAGUCCUACAUCACUGAGGGCAAGGUUCCCAAGAAGACUUUCGAUAUCGGUAAGUACAGGAAUAAGGGUCUAAAAUGAGAAAGGCGAGAGAAGGGAAAAGCCUGAAGAGACGGCAGAGAAACAAGAGCGACUAUAGCCUGUGUGCCACGACUUGGAAUUUCACCGAACGACAUUCCGCUGUGCCGCUGCGCGCCUUUGCGAACCUUGGUCGCGCUUUCAAUUUUUUUAAAAAUUUUUUUAUUAAGGUACUAUACUUUCAUGUGCUCCCCCAGCAGUAACAAUCAAUUGAAAGCGUGACCUAGAUUCGAAAGACACUUCGCGAGCUUUGUGGACCAAUCAUGGAGAAAAUCGCUUUUUAGAUGGUUUUGAAGAUUUUUUCGAGAAAAAAAUUACCGAGAAAAUCAUUUUUUAGAUCGUUUUGGAGUUUUUUCUAAGUUUUGUGGUGAUCGAAAAUCACGAGGAAACUUAAAGUUUUUCCGGCGAUUUCCGAUAAAAUCAAGAAAUUACGCGUCAAAAUUGAAUUUGAAUAUAUAUAUUUACUGAAAAUAGCGCUUUGAAACUUGAAUCGAAUACGUUUCAUGGUGAAGAUUAAAUGAGAAAUGAAGAAUAAUCGACGAUCAGUUGAAAUUUUCAUUAUUCACCAUAUCAUUUCUUCUUUUUUUUUUACCUUAACUUAGUAAGUGUUGAAUCUAUAUCUGAUUCACGGCUGGCUUGAGCCAUCGAAAAAAAGGUCCUGACACGAUAAUGCACGAGAUAGUGACUGGCUCGUGGAGAGCGCAGACAGGACACGCCCUCUUAGCGUCAGCUAAAACAAAAGUUGCGGUGCGCCCUGCGUAAAAUUCUCGGUGCACCCCGCAGUGUAACCAGGGGUCAACCCCGUUCAGUUUUAAACAAUAAAUUGAAAGCGUGACCUAGAUUCGAAAGACGUUUCGCGAACGCACGCAGCGGAACAGCGGAAUGUCGUUCCGUGAAGCUUCAAGUCAUGGCACCCAGACUAGGUGUGAUGACCAAUUGGAAGAAGCUUGAUGAGGCUUUUUUUUUCUCAGUUUCGGAGCAUUUUCUCUCGACUCUGGAGUCUUCGAAACUGUAUAUUCCAACUGAAAGGAUCCCUAGUCUUCAUAACAAAUUUCCGAGGCUUCUUUCACAAUUUUCAGCAUUUGGAUCAUUUUGAAACCCGUCUCGUUGAAAAAAACAGCAGUUUCAACUAGGAUGGCUCAUAGUAUAUUCCUAACAGCUUCCUGGGGCUUUUCCCCGGUCAACCACUUAUUUUUUUCUAUCCAGUUUUCGAGUCUCCAGAUAUAUUAUAGUCAAUUUUUCCAAACUUUAAGGCGAGAUGGGUAGACUGGCAAGAGUGAAGCCUUGCGUACGCGACGCGGAUAUCUCAAACGCGAGCAACGUUUUUUAAUGUUCAAUACAAGUUUCUCGUCAAAAGCCGCGUCGCACACGCAACGCUUCACCCUUGCCAAUCUCCCCAUCUAGCCUUCAAAGUCUGGAAAAACUGACUGAUAUAUCUGAAGACUCGAAAAUUGGAUAGAAUAAAAUAAACGCUCGAUAGGGGGGAAGCCCCAGGAAGCUGUUAUGAAUGGACUAUGGGCUAUCCUAGUUAAAACUGAUGAAAUUUUCAACGAUAAAAUGAUCCAAAUGCUAAAAAUUGUGAAAAAAAGCCGCGGAAAGUUGUUAUGAAGACUUGGGUUCCUUAUAGAUGAAAUAAAUCGUGUUUAAUGUCCCAGAAAAUGCUCCGAAAUUAGGAAAAAGCCUCAUUAAGCAUCUUCAAACUGAUCAUCAUAGCUAGAAUCUGGGGCCUGUCUCAAGAUCGAACAAAAAUGCUGUAUAGUCAAUGUUUCCCGACUUGAAAGGGGAGUGAGGCGGGACGCGUAGCGUGUGCGUACGCGGUUCUUGGCACGAGUUCAAUUCAACCGCCAGCGAGCAUUCAAAGAGCUAAUUUAUCGCUCUUUUUCACUUCUUUUUUUAAUUAUUUAUUGAUUAUGUUGAUUUGUGCAUCAAAAAAAUUAGUACAAAAAUACAGAGAAAGAGCUGCCGAGCUUUUCAAGUAGUCGGCGGCAAUUGAAUUGAACUCCUGCCAAGAACCGCGUAAGCACACGCCACGCGUCCCGCCCCCUUGCUUCGCCUCCCUCCCUUUUCAAGUCGGGAAACAUUGACUAUACUCUUCUGAGCAAUUCCGCUCGUUUCAGGAGUCCUGAACCUCGAAACGAUCUUCGCCAAGGAAGAACGGGAGCUGAUCGUGUCGAGGCGUCGUCGCGGCGGAAUGAACGCCGACUAUCUGGACCCGGAGGCGGCUGAAUCUCAGCCGAAGGUCGUCAAGAAGGACAAGAGCAGCAGCAGCAGCAGCGAGAGUGCCGAGGAGAAACGGGAGGCCGACCGCGAGGAGAAGGUCGCCAAGGAGGAGGCUCUCAGUGUGGCCGCCGAAUGA